AUGGGAGCUGGGUUGGACGCCGUGCCUGGACUGGGCACCAGCACAAAGGAGAGCUCCGGCCAUGGAGCUGGGUUGGGCGCCAUGCCUGGAUUGGGCACCGGCUCAGAAGAAGGGAUUCGUCUCGCCCUUCCUGGGGAGUAUGAUGGGACGGCGGCACGCUGCCAGGGUUUCCUGCUGCAGCUGGACCUGUACCUGGCGACCGUCUACCCGGCUCCUUCGGGACUUCCCUCUCCCAGCACCACUGCUCCGGUGCCAAUGGAGCUGGGAAGUGCUGCGCUCAGGGAGGCCGAAGGAGGGGCCUUCACGUGCACCAUCUUUGGCCGCAGAGGCCAGGAGUCUGAGGUGCGGGAGCUUCCCCCGGCCCCUCUGGACAUCGAGAGGGCCCCGGCUAGUAUUUUCUCUUGUUGCCUGCAGGAUGUGGACAAGUGGUCAUUUGAUGUCUUUGUGCUCCAUGAAGCUAGCGGGGAACAUACACUCCAGUUCUUGGUCUAUGAGCUCCUCAACAGAUAUGACCUGAUCAACCGCUUUCGGAUACCUGUGUCUUCCCUGGUAUACUUUGUGGAGGCUCUGGAGGUGGUCUACAGCAAGCACAGGAACCCCUAUCACAACCUGAUCGAUGCUUCCGAUGUUACGGAGACAGCACACUACCUAAUGCUCCACACCGGUGUUAUGCACUGGCUCAAUGACCUAGAGAUUUUAGCCACUUUGAGCACACAGGGACCCACCAACAACUUCCAUAUCCAGACCAGGGAGCUCCGUGCACUGGUAAUUGAGAUGGUCAUGAGCAGAGAUCUGUCGUGCCACUUUCAGCAGAUCAAGACCACGAGGAGUGCUUUUGCAGCAUUCAGCGUGGACAAGGCCAAGGUUCUCUCUCUGAUGCUACAUGCGACUGACAUCAGCCACCCAGCCAAGGACUGGCCUUUGCACUACCGCUGGACACAGGCCCUCAUGGAGUUCUUCAGACAGGGUGACAAGGAGGCUGAAUUUGGACUGCCCUUCUCCCCUCUCUGUGACCGCAACACAACCAUGAUCGCUCAGUCACAGAUAGGAUUCAUUGACUUCAUUGUUGAGCCGACGUUCUCUGCCCUGAUCGACUCCACAGUGAAGGCGAUCUCUCCUCUCAUAGAGGAAGCUGUGAAGUCAGGAGCCUCUGGAGUCAGAAUGUCCAGCAUGACUGGCACAGACACGGGGACAGUGAUGGAGUCGGUACAGAGAUACAUUGGCUGUGGAGCUCCAUUUGACUACUCCCUGCCCAGCAUAGACCUCAGACAGGACUGCUGGCCCUCCUUUGUAGACAAAGGGGUGGACACACCCCAGAAACACCCGUCUCGAAUUUGA